CACCGGUUUCACUUGCAAGCGGGCCUCCUCCGUCGACGCCGCUGCCUGCUCGACGACCAGCCGCCGCUGCAACCAUCGGGACAGCAGCGUGCGUGAGUGUGUGUGUGGUGUGUGAGUGUGGGAUACCAUGGCCUGGAUUACGACUGCCCAGCUUCUUGUGCUGCUCCUGGCAUGCGCAGCGGCGCCCCAACACGCUGACGGUGCGCCCAGCGACGAGUUCAAAUGCCCGGAGCAGUUUGGCUACUACGCAGACGAUGGAGACUGCAGCAAGUAUUUUGUGUGCGUGUUUGGGGACGCUCUGCAUGAGAGCUGUACCGGGGGCCUUUACUUCAGCGUCGAGCUGCAGACAUGUGACUGGCCAAGAAACGUGCAAUGCUCCGGAGCCUCGAGGAAAGCGACGCCUGCACCAGCCAAGAAGCCGGAGACUUUCGGGGGAAGCCAGCGUCGCAGCGGAACACGUAAAUCAUCUGGGGGCGAAACAACGAGACCUACGCGGUUCCGAGGUCGACCAACCACCACUACCACCACAACCACAGUGCGCACAACCACGACGCUGAGGACGACGACACCUGCUCCGCCAUCGACGCGACACCAGCCAACUGAGUCACCAGAGUAUCAGACACUGUACGACGACAGCAAGCACGAAGAAGACGAAGAAGAAGAGGAGAGUGAAGAGGAGGAAGACAGCACUGAAACUGCUGACGAUGCCGUCGAGUCUAGCCUCGAAGGGCCGCGCAAAAGCUCAGCGCCAAAGUCUAACAGCUAUGACCCGCAGCAGCCUCAGUAUGACGAGGCCGUGCCGCAGCUUGUCAACUCGGAUGGGAAAGUGCUUGGCUCCGACAAUGGUCGGCCGGAUAAGUUCAUACCUCGGACAGAACCUAAACAGCCAGACUCGCUAAGCGUGUUCGUCAAACCACUCUACCGGAACACAGGUGAUCAGAAAGAUAAGGAGUCAGACCAGGUGUUCAAGAGGGACCAGACGGCCAUCCUUGCGGCCCCUAGCCCUCAUCUCGAAGAUGACGUCAUCGUUCCGUCCGUCUACGGUGGUGGGCGCGCUCAAUCGUUGGCCAAUGCUGAAGUGGGAGGUCGCAAAGACGUCGUUCUGGUUACUUACCCUCGAGACCGUUACCAGUACUCGAGUGGUGCGAACUACAAUAAUGAGAACGAGUUCCGAACGUUCCUGCAGGACCAGCAGCGCGAGCAACUGCCGGCUGCCCAGCCGGACGUGCAGAGGGUUCUCAGCGACUCGAGCGUACGGCCAUCGAGCCGUGGGCGAAACCGAGAAGCUCGCUUCUACCCGAGGACGCAGCAGGUGUCGCAGCAGACGCUCGUCGCACAGAUCCCGCCCCCUGCGCUGGUGACCCCACAGAGGGCGCCGGUGACACAGACGUACGAAAACAGGUACCCGCCCACGCAGAGGGUCACGCAGGCACCUACCCGAGUGCCCACCUACCCGUCUUACCAGGACUACGACCACAACUACCAGCUGCAACCGGAAUACGCGUACUCGGAUGACGAGGAGCCGUACCCGACAACCACCACCACUCCGAGGCCCACGAGGCGCAUAAAAUACCGUACUACUACCCCGACUACGACAACAACAACCACUGUGAGGCCGGUGACUCGUCGGGCACCGCCCAAAGGCUUCAGCCGUCCGGCGACUCGACCUCCGGUGCCUACAACGCCCGCGUCGCCGCCGGCAAGGCCUCGUAACCUGUACGCUACGCCAACCCCGCUGGAGACAGCCGGCCGCUGCGAGGCUCGCAAGUGCCGCCUUCCCGACUGCCACUGCGGUGGAGCCGAGAUACCCGGAGACCUUCCACCCCAAGAGACACCGCAGGUGGUGCUUCUGACCUUCGACGAUGCGGUUAACGACUUGAACUUUGACCACUACACGGAGAUCUUCGACACCGGCCGCAAGAAUCCGAACGGCUGCCCGAUUCGCGGGACAUUCUACGUGUCGCAUGAGUGGACCGACUAUGGCCAGGUGCAGACGCUUUACUCAAAGGGACAUGAGAUGGCCUCGCACACGGUCACGCACAGCUUCGGCGAGAAAUUCUCCAAGCAGCAGUGGUUCAAGGAGGUAGCUGGCCAGCGAGAAAUCCUGCACCUGUUCGGCGGCGUAAAGUUGGAGGAUGUGCGGGGUAUGCGCGCGCCCUUUUUGCAGAUCGGCGGCAACAAGAUGUUCGAGAUGCUGCACGAGGCCAAUUUCACCUACGACUCGUCCAUGCCGGUGUUUGAGAACAACCCGCCUUUCUGGCCGUACACUCUGGACUACGCAAUCAACCACGAGUGCAUGAUCACUCCUUGCCCGAGCAAGUCCUUCCCUGGAGUCUGGGAGGUUGGCAUGGUGAUGUGGAUCGACCUUCGCGGGGGUCGCUGCUCCAUGGGCGACGCGUGUUCAAACCCGGCUGAUGAUGAGGGCGUCUACAAGAUGCUACUUAAGAACUUCAACCGCCACUACAAGAGCAACCGGGCACCGUUCAACCUCUUCUAUCACUCGGCCUGGUUCAACACGCAGCAUCACAAGAAGGGCUUCUUGCGCUUCCUAGACCACAUACUUUCCAAAGGCGAUGUCUGGCUCCUCACAAAUUGGCAGCUGAUUCAGUGGAUCCGUAACCCAGUGCCCAAUAGCAGGAUCAACACAUUCGAGCCAUGGCAGUGCGCACCCAAGGGUGACCGGCCGGAGCCAUGCCACAGGCCGACCGUAUGCAACGUCCCCUACCAAGGUGGCCUGCGCUACAUGAAGACGUGCCAGCCGUGCCCCGACGUUUACCCUUGGGUCGGAAACACCGGAUUUGGCAGCAAAGGGGCGCGGCGCAAGUGAUCACUAGUGAAAUAAUCCAGUAUUCUUUUAUAGGCAAAUCGACGGAAUGCACAAAUUGUUGUCAACAGAAACGUUGGCUGAGAAAGCGGAGUGUAAUAAUUGCGUCUUCAAGUAAGAAGUUUCUUAACGGAUGUUAGUGCUGUUUUUAAAGUAAUUUUAAGACCAUGGGUCGUGUCAUAGUCAUAAUAACAACAAAUUGCGGCUUUGUUUUUGCGCCAGAAACAAUUGUGGCUACGUUUUUGCGCCAGAAACCGUAUGCCAGCAACGACGUCUUUCACUUCUUGGGCGAAUCCCGCUGACUCAGUUCAGCGAGCUUCAAUGACAAAGUGAACUGGUUGAAACUUAGAAAAGCAGUGCCAUUCAUAUUUGUUGACAGGUGGAACACGCAUAAGAGCCCCACCAAAGGGUUAAUCUCACUUGAAACUACGCAUGCGCAUGUGCAAAGUGUACGCUCGAGAGAGAUGUCCAAGCUCGCUGUAAAUGCAAGGGUGUGGAACUACAGGUAUAGUUUCUGACACUUGCCUUCAGUAAGCAGGUCUCUUAACUAAAAUUGUUCUGUUGCAAAACAUACAGUUAGUUAACUACUACCUCUGCAUUUUUCAUGAAAGGGAAAAGCAUUGUACUAGUAGUUCGGCAGACAACAUACUCAGUUAAGCAGCAAAAACUGUUGAUGACAACACACGCUGUCGGAUUUUCUUCGUAAGAUACAUCACACUGCUUUGUCAUGUUUCUGUGUCCAUAACGUUAAAAUGGAGUUUAAAAAAAGACUAGAAUGUAAAAAGAAUAUUACGCACUUUUGUCUUAUAAUUAGCGUGAUUCAUUUAUUUAUUCAAAAUCAAAUGGCGCAUCUCUCUCUAUCAAUUGAGACGUGACUACGCGGUGACAGCACAGAACACAUACACUUUUAUAUUUCUUUAUGACACAUUCAAGCAAUCUAUGCGGAAUCCCUUUUGAAGAAAUGAUGAAUUGUUAUGCCGCUAAUCAGGCAGCAACAGACUGCAACCACGAACGAGCAGACAGCAAAAGAUGAAAUAAGAGAGGUAAAACUUCCAAUGAAAUGGGUACUGCUGUACCCUAGCCUCUGCGACCUCCAGCACUAAAUUGCCCUCUUCUAGCGUAGCAAACAUGCGUUUAACACGCGACCACAACAAGUCCAUCUUAAAUAAAAAGUAUACCCACAGCGAGCAGACCAAGUUACCUUUCCGAUUUUGUAGGUAUUUUGGCACCUAUAGAGAACACAGACGGAACACUAACACAACGCCCGCAAAAUCCACCGCUUAGUGGCGCUUGUGAAUGUUUUGUGCUCUUUGUGGCAUUUUUUUCGCGUCUUUUAAAAUGAUGUAUUUUAAACCAUACUAAUUGACACAGCUUGCAUUGUUUUUGUUUUUAGCUUCCAUGAUUCCCUUUUCAUCACAGAUGAAUAUGUUCAAACUCGUCGUCUUGGUGCAAAAACAAAACUGAAAGCACGCAUGUUUUCUUUAUCUUCCACAAAGUUUACACGAAAAGUUGUUUGAGAAAAUUGAGGUCUCGUAUUGGAUGCGUAACGAAAUAUACGAUCAUUUGCCUCUGCUGGAAUGCCGAUAAGUUCUAGCUUACUUUUCGCAAUAGUUACCUUUAGUUCCCCGAUGUUUUGUGUGUUGUGACAGCACUUGGCGUCGCGGUCUGGUUGCUGCUACCGGACCUAUAGAUACUGUGUUCGCUGUCUGCCUUUCGAGAAAAGACACACGCCCUACGCACUUAUGGCACGUUCUGUGGUCGUCCUAUGAAACGACCACCCACUACAAUACUUGUAGUAAUAAAACAAAGCAGAGAUGGGUAUGGGGAUCACGCGCUCAAUUGUAGACGUAGUCAGCGCUGCGCGCGUUCACGGUUGUGAAUCUUUGGCGUUGCCAUUGUGAAUUGUUUUUUUAAAUGAAUGUAUGUUUUGUUACAUUUGAAGUACUGUUAAUUUAUACUCUGGAAAGUUUAUUUAUAAACGUGUUUCCAUUCCAGCUAGUAUUCGCCAACAAUGAACUGCGUGUUUUCCUCCGGGCGACGUGCCUGCUGAAAGAGCGGCACACUGCUCUCUCGGUUGUGUCCUUCGCACGCACCUUGCCUGGAGCCUUCGUGCAGUUCAUGUGGUCCGACUAUAAGGAACGUGUUCUUGUGGCCAGGGGUAUCACGGCGCUUCACGAGGUCCCGUUUCACUUCCCUCGAAUCAGACCCAAAGUUAUUUUUUGAGAUGGCCGACCACCUACGAAGUGUGGGGUAGUUGAAACGGAAGUGCAACUGAUCCACAAUAGUAUCGGACACGUUCGUAUAGAUCCAUCUUGGUAGGAAGCACAUGAAGUUUAGACGAGAACACGAGGCACAAGCUCUUAACUUCAACUAAGCGUUUAUUGCAAAACUUCAGAAUAUAAAGGGGGGAAAGAAAAGAAAAAGAAUAUCAAUUCAAAAGCCAACGUUCCGCGCCAUAGAAUUCACUAUUAUCAACUUCAACAUACAAAAAGUUUUUUCCGCGUGAGCGAGAUCGAUGGUGCACUGAAAAGUCAUCACGUGUCAUUCCCGCUGCCUCAACACGUUCGCAAUUUCCAGUCAGGAUAUAAAACACAUGCUCUGUCAGAAUACGGCACACAACCAAAUUACCAUAUCCAUCACAGUGGGUAGCCAAGUGACAAUCUGGUGCUUUUUACACUUCAUUGUGAUGUCCUUUUACCCUCUAAUCUUCUAAAGCUUCUAAUUCUAACACCUUGGAUUGAAUAAUUGAUCACAAGCUAUUAGGAACAAUUGUUCUGGUUUGUGAAUGAUUAUUUUGUAGUUUUGAAAUGCGAUGUAAACGUUGAAGUGGUGCUCAUUGAUUCCUUCUAGUGUUUGAGACAGUUUGCAAGCCUCUAAAACUCACAGACUAAAUACCAUGCGAUAACACUCUCAAAGCGCUUGAUCUUUCAUUAAAAUUUCCGUAUGGCCACGCUUGUUGACUUUAUGAGCCCAGAUACAGAAAGCCAUUGUUGCCCUUCGCACACACUAUCAAGAGGUCUGUCGCACGUAUGCGCUUCUUUAUUUCCUUAAAAAAUUAUGUUUCCACUUAAUGCAGAAGAACUUCGUGCAACAGUUUGACGACUUGCAGGCAGCACGUUACCCGAUACGACUGAUUUUGGCUGUCGCGAAAUCACUCUAUAGGAACCUAAAGAAACAAAAUAGGCCGCGUAACGACACUUCUCUGCUGUAGGGUAAAACGAUUGUUGUCCCCUAUAUUCAUAUCUUGGCACAGAAAUCUUGAAAAAUAUUUGCAAUAAGGUUCCUGUAAGAGUGGUCACGUAUGCUGCAGAGAAACUAUCGAAUAGUGGAAACUGUCCUGUGCUUGAUAUCGCAAUGUUAAGUAUGCACAGUCCGUUGUUUAUAGCGUACGCUUGUCCUGUGGUAUUAAUGCGAGUGUAAAAGAACGUCACGUUAAAUAAAGAAAAAGCUACAGAUGGUUGCUUGACUAUGCACUGUAUUGAUUGCGGCUGCGUGCAGUAUUUUGACAAUACGUGCGUUUUAUAUCGCGACAGGGAUUUGUCAACCCGGUUGAUUGUUGAAGCGGUGGAGAUGGCACACGAUGACAUUUUUGAGUGUGUAAGCGAGCCCUCUAUCUUGCUGACGUGGAAAGAACUUUGUUUUUUUUAUGUGCUGGUUGAUAAUAACAGAUGAGUAUUGCAUGACAGGACACAUGGUUGUUUGUUCUGGCUUUUGUUUCUUUCGCUCCUGUGUGUUCUAACAUUCGGCAGUAAGCGCUUUGAUGUCAAGCGCUUGUGUCUCUUCUUUCGCCUCCUCGGACAAAAGCUGUGCUCUUGCCUACUUAGAUGGAUACAACUGAUCCGUCGUUUUUCAGAGGCAGAAUUGCGUAAAAAAAGGAAUUGCCUGCGCCAUUUUUGUAGUAAUAAAUAGAACAUAACAUCGACAAAGUGCAAUUGCCCCUGCUUUGUAGUCUUCACUUAUAAUUCAUAACUACGACGUUGAGUAAACAAAAAAAGAGCCACCUUCAAGGCGUACGAAAGGCCGCCAGACAGCUUAACAUCGUCUAACAACAGGCACCAGAGUAUAGCCUAAUGUAUCUGUCCCCCCAACAUUGAUUUUGUUCGGGGUAGCCCAAAAGUAAGCGGCCUAAGUUGGGAAGUGAACUUUAUCUUCUGGCUACGUGCCUGUAGCGUUGGCACGCGUUUUUUUUUCUUAAGGCGGGACCUUGUAUUCGCGCCGUGGUGCGCCCGGCCUGUAUAUAGCAAACCUGGAGUUGUAUUCUGCCAGUGGUGGUGAACAGGUAGGCUGUCCGACAGCCGCUGCCUAAUUUGCGAAAGCUAUGUGUGGAAUUGUGACUCGCAAGCAAUGAGAGAAUCGGCACGGAUAUUUCUAUAAAGACUGCCAAAAAGCGCGAACAACGAAGAGCCCGUGACCCGCGUUGAAUGUGCAGGCAGCCCUCGUCGUGGGCUUUUACUUGUCUGGAAUUUUUGGCGCUGUAAACACUAAAUGGGAAUAUUUUCGCCCAAAGAAUAGGGUGGCGGUGAAUUUGACGACAGGAUCGCAAUGUUGUGGUGCUCUUUUGUAUGGAAGCCAUUCAUAAUGUACUGUGCAAAAAAGGGACGGAAACGCGAAUUUAAAAAAGAAAAAGGACAGAGCUUUUGUGUCUGUCCUUUUUAUCUGCUUCGUGUUUCAGGCCCUUUUUUGCGCAAUACAUUAUGGAUUAGCACCAACUUGUCCAACGAGCCAUUUCUAUGGAAACCGUCCAUAUCGUUCACUUUACGGCAGAACGCUACAGAUUAACGCGGGUCAUUUUCAAUCGUUCGAAACAGAACGCUGGCCUAUCGGUAAAUCGACAUUCAUGCAUUUGCAGUACUUUCUAAAAAGUUAAAAGCGAGACAGCAGGAAAGUAAACAAUUGUCAAACGGUGGCCAUUUUUUCUUCUCUCACAUUUUAAAUAUUUUUUCCUUUAGGUUCGUGAAAAGUCGAUAUUGAACUCUGUCGCGGCAGAAACCUGUUUCACCGUCCCUGGCUUCCGUGGUGCCGUCGUGAGAGCCGCCGCGUGCCGCCGUCUCAGCCGAGAAAGAACUGGCUCCAAAGCGGGCCCCACCGCCGUCCGUGAAGCCACACUUGCUGGGAUGGCCGACACACUGGCGGCGUCGCAGGGACGGAUGUAUCGCUCUCGGCAGCUUACACUGCCCAAAACGGAAGCGUCCACGAGAUCUGCCGGGCACGCAUGCUUUUCCGACGGCGGUGGGCGAGCGGAGGAGAGCACUUCUUUACGCACCAGCGUGCGGCGCGCGGCGGACUAUGUCCAUUGUUUUGCUCCUUCCCUUUGUAUCCAGGCCUCUGUCGGCUAGCAAAUAUGUGUACUUAAUGUUAUAAUAAAUGAGACUUGAAACAUCUGC